AGCUAUAUCGAUAUAUAUGUGUGUGUGUGUGUGUGAGUGAGUGAGUUGAGCGGAGCUGCUGAUCAUCAGUCCUCCUUUUCCAACAUGUCGGUGUACGGGCCAGUGGUGAAGAUUCACCCCGUCGUUCUCGCCUCUAUCUGCGACUCUUACGAGCGGAGAAAUGAGGGAGCGAGUCGUGUGAUCGGGACUCUGUUGGGUACUACUGAUAAGCACUCCAUCGAGGUGACCAACUGCUUCUCUGUCCCCCACAAUGAGUCUGAAGAUGAGGUUGCAGUGGACAUGGAGUUUGCUAAGAACAUGUACGAGCUCCACAAGAGGGUGUCACCCACUGAGGUCAUCAUCGGAUGGUAUGCCACAGGCUUUGACAUCACAGAACACUCGGUGCUCAUCCACGAGUACUACAGCCGUGAGGCCACCAACCCCAUUCACCUGACGAUGGAUACAGCGCUGCAGAGUGGCAAGAUGAGCAUCCGCGCCUACGUCAGUGCGCAGAUGGGUGUGCCAGGAAAGACAGUUGGUGUGAUGUUCACCCCACUCACUGUCAAGUAUGUCUACUAUGACACUGAGAGGAUAGGCGUUGACCUUCUGCAGAGGACACGUUUACUCCCAAGUCGCACCAAGGGGCUUACCUCCGAUCUGUCCCAGGUGGCUGGCUCUGCAGCCAGGGUACAAGACAUGCUGACCACCAUGCUUGCAUACAUUGAUGAUGUGCUGUCUGGCAAAGUGGCGGCAGAUAACAGCGUGGGCCGUUUCCUGAUGGACCUGGUCAACAAGGUGCCCACCAUCUCAGCUGAGGACUUUGAGAACAUGCUCAAUUCCAACAUCAAUGACCUGUUGAUGGUGACCUACCUGUCUAACCUCACCCAAGCACAGAUUGCUCUAAAUGAGAAGCUGGUCCUGCUCUGAAGAGGAUUUCAUUGAAGUGAUUCAUAUUUAAUUUUUGUACAUUUUUUUUUUUUUUUUUGACUGAGAUGAAUAAAGAUGUUAUACAGUCAUACAGUUGUCAUGGGU